AUGAGACUAGUUGAACAGCCUGUCUCGGCGUAUGCGCUUUUCUUUCGAGACACACAAGCGGCCAUCAAAGGACGAACACCGAACGCAACAUUCGGUGAGGUGUCCAAAAUUGUCGCAUCGAUGUGGGACGCACUCGAUGGCUGCGCUAAAAAUUCAUACAAACAAAAGACCGAAUCAGCUAAACGUGAAUAUUUGAAGCGAUUGGCCGCAUAUCGUGCCAGUCAAAUUUCACAGGACAAUGCGAAUGGCUGUAAUGGUUUAGAAAAUGCCAAUGCGGUUGUGCAGAGAGACACAACGCCCAGAUAUUACGAGCCACAAUCUGUGCCCAAUGCCACAAAUCCCACUCAAAUUGGUGAUGUGUCGUUAGCCAAUUUGAUCGCCUUACCUCCGGUCAAACAACAGCCCUAUAAUCCCGGUACACCCGCAUUCACGGUGGGUGUAAGGAAUGACUAUGUAGCGAGCGAAUGGAACAAUGCAAGAUGUUCAAUGUUACAGCAACCACCUCAAAUGACGGCUAAUUUUGUUUGA